AUGAGCUUUCUCAAGAUACAAACUCGGUCCAUGGUGCGAGCUGCGCUAGGAAAACAGGUUCUGGGCAUUAGACCGGUCUUUACGCGAGGUUUUCAAGACAAAAGAGGCCCUGCUCCACCACAACUGCCAAAGGAGGAACAGGAAGAGUUUGAAAAACUACAGCGGAUCGCGCAGUCACAAGAAGCUAUUGACGAGUAUAAUAGAGAGCUUGAACAGGACACGACCAAAGAGAGUGCAAAGUCGCCAUUUCUAAAGGCGGACAUUGGUGGGUUCUCUCCCGAGUUUUCAAAGACAAUUCCGGAAUUUGAAGGCGACGUAAACCCAAAGACCGGCGAGCGCGGUGGACCGAAGCAAGACCCACUCAGACAUGGAGACUAUUCUUUCAAUGGCAGAGUUACGGAUUUUUGA